CGGCUCAUUUGUUCAGACUGGCGUGUGAGCAAUAUGUUCUGUUGUGUGCCCAUACCCUGCUGCUGCCAGCCCAGGAGAGCCGACGGCGACCAUGGUUCCCGAACCUGGAGACAGGGGGGAUGCUCUUGGGCAGGACGCCUCAGGUCGCUAACUAGGAGGAAGCCUAAGAGAUCAGAUGCUAUUGGCACGAGGUUGGCGGAGGUCAAGUUUUAUUCCAUGAUACCACUGGAUGUAUGCUGUGCGGCCCACAAGGGCCACCCUGGACUUGGCGAGAGAGCGGCGGUCCGAGACUCAGGUGCAGAAGCGGCUCCAGAGCCCGACUCAGCCCCAUCUGGGGCAUCGGCAGCUCUGGAGGCAGGGGUGGUGUCUGCAGCGACUCCCGCAGGGGCCCAGGAGCCUGCAGGUGACCCGGCACCUGGGCAGGGACAACAGGCCCCUGAGAAGAGUCAGCCGGGUCCUGCUCCCGAACUGGCUUCUGCCCCUGCCCCUGUGCCUCCUCCUGUCCCUGGAAACCUGGCAGCCACGCUGGGGGACCCUGAAGCUCCUGGGGAGACCUGUGCUGCCCCUUUCCCUGACCCUGAUACUGCAAGGAAUUGGGUAUUUCUACUAGUCAUCAUGUUUUUAAUCUUUUACUUGAAUCAUUUUAGCCCCAUUAAUGUCAAAUAAAAAUUUUAAUUUCUGUA